GUAAUGUAAUGAAUCAAAUGGCUACAGUCAUCAAUAGUAUGACGUGCGGGGAGCGUGCCCUGGGUGGCUCAAAAGUUGGAGGGAGAUAGAUAGUGAGAAACAGUAAAAGGAGGUGGUAGCAGCGGCAGCGCAACAGGAUAUUUAGUCACCAUGGUUACCGGUUGGAGAUACAGAUCUUGAUGUUUCUGUCAUGUUUUUUCAGUCACGCUAACGUAGAGGAGAGGGACACACUCGUGGAGAUUAAACAAGUGUUGUUUUGUCGCAUCAAUGUGAUUGGAGCCGGAUCCCAUCUGAAGAGCAGGAAACAAGUGCACCAAGGCACAGUACUUGAAUCAACAUGGCAACUACUGCAGUUCCCACAACUUUAAACUUAUUCACCAACUAUUCUGGGUGUGACACACUGUAUAACCACCGCACCUAUGCCAGGGUCCUCAUGCCCCUCUUCUAUUGUGUGGUGUUCCUGGUGGGGCUCUCCGGGAACUGCCUCGCCCUGUAUGUCAUCCGUCCCAACCUAAAGAAAAUGAACUCCACAACUUUAUACUCGCUGAACCUCGUCAUAUCUGACAUCCUGUUCACUCUCUCUCUCCCUGUGAGGAUUAUAUACUAUGGCAUGGGCUUUCACUGGCCUCUGGGUGAAGUCAUGUGCAAAAUCUCUGCUCUUGUCUUCUAUAUCAACACAUACGCUGGGGUGAAUUUCAUGACUUGCUUAAGUAUUGAUCGUUUCAUUGCAGUGGUUUUGCCUCUACGCUUUGCAAAACUAAGAAAAGUUAGCCGCGUGCGCUUCAUCUGCGUAGGUGUGUGGCUGCUGGUUCUUGGUCAAACUCUUCCAUUGCUGAAUAUGGACAUGACCAAUGUGGAACCAGACGGUUACAUUACAUGUAUGGAGUACCCCAAUUUUGAGAAAGUUGACCACCUUGCCACUACCUUGAUAGGUGCAGUUUUCCUUGGUUAUGGCCUCCCUGUUGUUACAAUCCUGGUGUGUUAUUCCAUUCUCUGCUACAAGCUUCACUUCACAGCCAAAUCCAACCAUCUUACUGAAAAGUCUGGCCGAAGUCGCAAAGCCAUUGGUGUGAUUUGCUGUGUGUCUCUUGUAUUUGUGUUAUGCUAUAGCCCCUAUCACAUUGACCUCCUCCAGUACAUGGUCCGUAAGCUCAUGUACACGCCCUCCUGUGCAGAGCUGACAUCGUUCCAGAUCUCUCUCCACAUCACAGUUUGUCUGAUGAACCUGAACGCCUGCCUGGACCCGUUUGUCUACUUCUUUGCAUGUAAAGGAUACAAAAGCACACUGUUCAAGCUCCUCAAGCUUCAUGUCACUGUGUCCUUCUCCAGCGCUGGGAAGACAUCUCCUGAGGGCUCCUCCAGGGAUGUGGUGGAUGGGAACAAGAUCCAGCUCAACAGUUCAACUAUGUGUUCAGCGAGUGAGAGGUUCCCUCCAGGAGACAGGAGAUCUAUGAAAUAUGACUGAAAAUGUGUACAUGUUUAAUGUCAAUGAUGUGGACAUAAAAAAGACUUGAAGCUGCUGCUUGUUCUUUAGAUUUAUGAACAGAGUUUUCAAAGCUGAGAAACCAAAUUGUCCAGGGUGAAUAUUCACAUACCUCGACACUGAUGUAAAGAAAUUGUUGUUGUUAAUUUUGUAUUAUACAAAGUACUGUAAAGAUGCUUGUCUUUCAUGCCUCUCACAAGUAGCUCUGUUUUGGAGGAGCUGAUAAACCAACAGGAUCCAAGCCAUGAUUAUUCAUGUUGUUAAAGUAUUUGUUUGGUUGGCAGUAUGUUAGGAUAAUAAGCUAUAAAGCUCUAGUACAUUUUGUACCAAAUGGGCGUAUAAUUAUUGGCUUGCUACCUGCCUCAUGGAAAUGUUGCUUCUUUACCUGCAAUGUGACAUAAAACCUAUGUAUUUUUUAUUAAAUUGCAUGUGUUUUUAUUGCUUAAAAGUUAAAAAACAUA